UUCUAUGUCCCUCCCCCCCACCACUACUUAAAAUCUCCUCCAACCCUCUAGCCAUCCUGCCCCCCAGCCCUGCAGACCCUCUCCCAUUUAGGUUCUAUCUAUCACGGCUAUAAAGAUUGUACCCAGUCCAGUGCCCCAAUAACGCCCAAACCCUCCUUCCUGCACCAAGACUUAAGCCACGCAUUGACCCCUCUAAUCUACCCCUGCACGACACAGGUUUGUGUUUAUUACAAAAUCUUUGCCUAAAAAGCAGACUCUGAGAAAGCAGCUGUCAAGCUCUAUUCGGUGUUUAUAUCAGAAUAAAUUAUUCUGAAGGACGUGACAAGAACAGAAAUUCUCAAAGCAAGACCAUGAAGAAAUCUUUUGAUAAAAGGACAAAGGAUUCCAACUCUGAAAAAUCAAGGGAUCUCUCUGAAUCCGAUAUAACUGCAAAGGAGAUCGUAAACAGAGAAACAAAACCUUUCUCCUGUUCUGAAUGUGGGAAAUGUUUUGUCAGUAAAUGUAGUCUUGUUUUACAUCAGAGAACCCACACAGGAGAAAAACCUUUCUCCUGUUCUGAAUGUGGGAAAUGUUUUGCCAGUAAAUUUAGUCUUGCUGUACAUCAGAGAACCCACACAGGAGAGCAACCUUUCUCAUGUCCUGAAUGUGGGAAAUGUUUUAGCCAGCAGGGAAAUCUUUGGAAACAUCAGAGAUCUCACACAGGAGAAAAACCUUUCUCCUGCUCUGAAUGUGAGAAAUGUUUUGCCAGUAAAUAUUGUCUUGUUGUACAUCAGAGAACCCACACAGGAGAGCAACCUUUCUCAUGUCCUGAAUGUGGGAAAUGUUUUAAGCAGCACUCAAGUCUUUCGAAACAUCAGAGAUCUCACACAGGAAAAAAACCUCACUCGUGUCCUGAAUGUGGGAAAUGUUUUAGCACACGCUCAGGUGUGGUUCAACAUCAGAUAAGUCACACCGGAGAGAAACCUUUCUCAUGUUCUGAAUGUGGGAAAUGUUUUGCCCGUAAAUUUAAUUUUGUAGAACAUCAGAGAACUCACACAGGAGAAAACCAAUUCUCCUGUUCUGAAUGUGGGAAAUGUUUUAGCCAGCACAGAAAUCUUGUUGUGCAUCAGAGAACUCACACCGGAGAGAAACCUUAUCCAUGUCCUGAUUGUGGGAAAUGUUAUAGCACUUCCUCAAAUCUUGUUGUGCAUCAGAGAAUUCACACAAGAGAAAACCAAUUCUCCUGUUCUGAAUGUGGGAAACGUUUUAUCCAGCACAGACAUCUUGUUGUACAUCAGAGAACUCAUACAGGAGAGAAACCUUUCUCAUGUUCGGAAUGUGGAAAAUGUUAUAGCCAGCCCUCAAGUCUUGCUGUACAUCAGAGAACCCACACAGGAGAGAAACCUUUCGCAUGUUCUGAAUGUGGAAAAUGCUUUAGCCAUUCCUCACAGCUUGUUGUACAUCAGAGAACCCACACAGGAGAGAAACCUUUCUCAUGUUCUGAAUGUGGGAAAUGUUUUGUUAGUAAAUCAUAUUUUGUUGGACAUAUCAGAACACACAUAGAAGAGAAACCUUUCUCGUGUCCUGAAUGUGGGAGAUGUUUUAGCAUGUCCUCAAGUCUGGUUGUGCAUCAGAGAACAUCAAAGAAAUGUGUUGUCAGUAAAUCAGAGAUUGUUAAACAUUAG